GUAGGCCCGUUCAGAUUGGAUGGAGCUCUGAAUCCGUUACCGUACAGGCAACUCCUCCCUCCGCCUGUCAGACCUAUCUGAUCUCCCUCUCAUCAUGGCUCCGGCGGCGGACAGGCCGGGCUACUGGGGAACAUCGACCUCAACACUCGACUGGUGCGAGGAGAAUUAUGUGGUCUCGUAUUACAUCGCAGAAUUCUGGAAUACUGUCAGUAACCUGAUAAUGAUCCUACCUCCCAUUUAUGGAGCCAUUCAGACGUGUAAAGACGGUUUGGAAGUACGCUAUGUGUGGUCCUUUUUGGGACUUGCUGCCGUAGGUAUUGGUUCAUGGAGCUUCCACAUGACACUACAGUAUGAAAUGCAGUUACUAGAUGAGCUGCCGAUGAUCUACAGCUGCUGCGUAUUUGUCUACUGUCUAUAUGAAUGCUUCAAGCAAGAGCGUGCCGUUAACUAUUUGUCAAUUACACUUUUGCUGACCUUCAGUAUUAUUGUUAGCGUGGUUUACCUGAUAUGGAAGGAGCCUGUGUUUCAUCAGGUCAUGUAUGCCGUACUAGUGGCUUUCUUGGUGAUUCGCUCUGUUUUCAUAGUCACUUGGGUGUAUCCAUGGCUCAGAGCCCUCGGCUUUACAUCAUUAAGCAUCUUCCUGUUGGGAUUUGUAUUAUGGAACAUCGAUAAUAUCUUUUGUGACUCUCUAAGAGCCACACGGCAGCAGCUGCCCCCUGUGGUCGGAGCAGUUACACAGCUUCAUGCCUGGUGGCACGUCCUAACAGGCCUAGGGUCAUAUUUACACAUACUCCUCAGCCUUCAGAUUCGCUCAACCUACCUCAAGCACAGACCAAAAGUGAAGUUUUUGUGUGGCGUUUGGCCGAUGCUGCACAUUGAAUCUCAGAAGGCGAGUUGAAAGGGACCUGAGAAGAGGAAGAUGGACCAAUCACAGACCUCAGACAGACAGAGGUCCAGCCAAUGAGCUUCAACGGCAGCAGGAAGUGACCAGCGGCUGUCGGUUUGGUUCCCCCGUUCCCUUCUUCCCCUUUCCGCUCCGUUUGCCAAGUGCAUUACUGAGAAAGCUGCCAAAUGAAGGAAAGCGUUUGUCUUUUAUUAUAGGGUAGAUGAGAGCACACUGUAAUAUGCAUAGAAAUUGUCCUAUAAAUCAGAGGGUCUAAUUAGCGAGAAAGAAGCGGCCAAAACUAGGAUUUGGUUCCGGCUGGUAUUUUUUGUUGCCUUCAUGAGGGAAACUAAUAUAGCUUUGAUGGAUCAUAUCUAGUCAGUUUGGCAUCUCAUAUUUUGUACUUAAUGAAGAUUAUGCAAGAUUUUACUUUUAUCUCUACAUUUUUAGAGAUUAUGAAGGUCAAAUUAAGCAGAUCAGAAAAAUGAAUGAGUGUUAAUAAAUUGGGAGUAAAGUAUGAUCUUUUUCAUCCUGAAGAUGGGGAUGACAUAUUACUGUAACACAUUUUACUGUAAUAAUGGUCAUUGUACUCGGUGUGUUUCAGAGAUACAGUAACAUGUUACAUAAUCGUUUCCAUGUUACACAUAUUACAUAAUAACAUUCUUAAUUACAGUAGAACAGUUUAACAAAAGUCAUGAAUUGCUCUGCAAAUUAAGUGUCACUAAAUCAAUGACUCGCUUAUUAAGCCACUCAGAAUGAAUCAGUGUUUUUGAACAAAUUGUUCAAUUUAUGAUUCAGUGACUCACUCCUAAAGAUUGUCAAGACUUGAUCCUGUGUUUUGAACGAAUCGGUUGAAUGAGUGACUCAAAACACAAUUGAUUCAAGGACAAACCAGAACUUAUAGUUGUAUAAAAAUAAAUAGUUAAGUGUGAUUGUGCCCUUCAAACAUUUCAAGCCCCUCAUGUCACUGAUAUGUAAUUGAAUUGAUUUAAUUGAUUCUCAUCUGAGGUAAACUAAUUAUGAAUAUAGUGUUAAUAUGAACAUUUUAUGGAGGAAUUAUUAUGAGUGCUAAUUUACAUUGAGCUAAGAUACUCAAAUGCUGUUACUCAGUCGAGAGUAAAUUGAUUAAAAGCAUAUAAAACCAUACUAUUAUUAGUAAAUGAAUGUCUCAUAAGCUAGAUAGGCUUAUCCAUUAUAUUCUCCUCUCUAAUAUUUACUACUUGAUCUGCCACUGGCUGCGCUUGCAGUCAAAAAAACAACAGUGAAGUUAUGGUUAUGUAUGAAGACGUGUAGGCUAUUAAUAUUGAUUCGUCAUUUGUUUUAUGUAUUGUGCCAAGUUAAUGGUUCAACAAGAACACAAUCAUCUCUAUGUGAAGCACAGUGGAUAAAAAGAAAAUCUUACGUAUUCCAGUGAGGCGUGAGGCACAAUGUUCCCGAUAAAGCUUUGGUUGCAGUCGUGUUUGUACCACUGAGGGUGCCUUACAUUAAACUGUAGUUUAUUCCUUGUUGCCUUGAUGUGCAUUAUAUUAAAUCACUACGAAUUACAUAUUCCACCACAUAUCUAAUGAUUCAGAUAAAAGUAAGAGGUCAACAUUUUCUCUAAGAGUACAAACGAACUAACAACAGCAAAAUUACUGCCACUAUCACUGCAGUUUAGUGCCUAAAUCCACUAACUCAGUUGUUUAGAUAAUAGGCAAUAAAUUUUUGGACCUCUAAUCACGCUUAUGACUGAAAUGGUGAGUUAUAAUAAUGGAAUAUUGUGGCUAACCUUCCCAUGAUUGUCCUGUAAAGCUGUGUAAUGAUUUAUGUAUGUUAUGUGUGUUUUGUGAUUUUUCUUUUCUUUUUU